GCUUCAGCUUUCUACCAGUUUCCACACUCGUGCUGAGGCCUUCUUGAACAAUUGCACUACCUGGGAGACUAAUGUGCGUCACAUUUCUGGCACCUCCGUCAAUGAUUUGAAUCAGGCCCUAAGGCUCAUCCAGGAGCGUUGGCAGGAUAUUCAGCGAUCGUAUGAAGAAGCUUGUAGGGAUGGUCGAGCUAUGGUGGAUCUUCUCAGUGUUCCGGUCGCUGGCGGGUCGCACACCUCACUUACAGCCGCGAUCGACUACUCCCAGGGUCGCAAACAUUGUGCUGAUUUGGUGCACGAAUUGUGGGCAUGGUAUAAGCGGUUGGAGCGAACUUUCACCGACCGAAAAUCUCGACUCACCUCGCGUCUGGCAUUGCUCAUGUUUAAGGAGGAUGUUGGGCAAGUUCUCACGUGGCUGACUGAUCACGGAGAACCUUUUCUUGCCCGGCAAACUGCUAUUGGCAAGUCAAGUCAGCGCGCUGAACAGCUCUAUAAUGCGCACAUGCAAUUUGAACAGGUCGCUGCCAACACGCUCACAAACGCGGAUAAGUUAAUCUCCGCAGUUGAGGAGCUCGCUUCUCAGGCGGAGAAUCCUCGUGAAGUUCGUCAGGAGGCAGCCAAGUUACAGCAACGCAUAACGAGUUUCACCAAUGCAGUGGACUCUAGGCGGGAGAUGCUGGACUUAGCCUGUGGAUUCUAUGGCCACACAAAAGAGGUACUAAAUUGGCUACAUAACGCCAGUGAGUCCUACAACCCUGGCGAGCACUUCCCACCUACCAUAGAGGGCAUGGACGACGAACUAACCGCCUUCCGCCAGCACCGAGACAGUCUCGAGGCCGCAGUCAAACGGGUUGUCUCCGAAGGAAAGGCUCUUAUCUCGCGCCUCCAGGACUCCGAGGAGGCUGCUCAUCUUCGUUCCAUUCUCACUCAGGUUACCAAUGAGCGUGACGCUGUAUGGGAGCUUCUGGGAGACCGACAAAUGAGACUGGAACUUUGUAUGCAAUUGCGUCUAUUUGAAGCUGAUGUCCACAACUCUAUGGAGGGUUUGCGUCGGGAUGUGCCUGCGAUCACGGCAGUGACCAACGCUACGUCGGUGGCUGCCUCGACUUCCCCUACGGCUCCAACAGCGACAACGGAAUCGAACGCCGCCGGUACUGUUCCUUCCACUUCUGGUGUCUCUGCCUCUGGUGCUGCUUCUGAUUUAUAUUGGAUAUCAGAUCCUCGACAGGCACCUAGCAUUGCUGCUUUAGAGGAGGUGAACGUGUCUUGUACUGCAGUUCUUCCGAAGGUAGAAGAAGUGCUCAACAAAGGCGGUGAACUUAUCCGUAUCUUCGAGUCAGUUGCAGUAAACUUUCCUGCUGGAGGUCCGGGCUCUAGUGAUUCAGGUGUUGGUGAUAGUUCAGAGACUGCAGUGGAACGUGUACAUCGUCUUAUUUCCGAACUCGGGGAAUCUGUUGCAACUGUUGACGAAAUUAACGAGCGCGUCAGCAAUGAACUCGACUGGCGUCGUCUUCAGUCUCAAUCUAGACAACGCAUGAUCACCGUGUGGGAUGGAUUGUCUUGGUUCCAGGAGCAAGAUAUGCUUAAUGCUAAACUUAGGUAUUCUGUGCAUUAA